AUGGAGAUCCUGAUGUCUGAACUCGGUGCAGAAGAAUCAGUGCCAUGGUCAUCACCACACCCCGAACCUCCAAGCAGCGCAGGAGACUGGUUUUCAGCAGGAUCUCUACAAGGUCGAGGCUUCUUCUCUGACCUAGGAGCAGUACGACGCAAGCCGUCCCGAGCAGACGCAGAGCCGACAUUGAGCAAAUCCUGCACGGACAAGCUCUCCAUCAAACAGGUCACCAGCCUCCUCUCCUUCCCGACCUACCAUCUCAUAGGAGUAACACCAAACGCCUAUCUCUCAUCUCUCAUCCUCCCAGCAAUGAAAUACUCCGAAAAAGGGUUCGCUCGUGCAUUCAGCCGUAACGGACGUCUAUCAGCUAUCGACGAGAAGAGCCUUCCAGUUGGGUACAGCUUUCACCCAUUCAUAAUCACACCCCUCCGAAAGGACUUCGAACUUAAAUUUCCGUUCAGCAAACCACUCGCGACCACAAUCGCACCAUCGUCCUCAAACCCAUUGCACCCACGGGACAAAGAAGACCCCCCCACCAAAGCAGAACAGAAAACAAAAGCAACCAACCUUUCCGCCUUAUACAUCCACCACCCACGCAGUCCGCCCCACCCGAACGACCCUACCACUUCAAAUCCGGUCAGCGAAACCCUCCUCAACGGCGUCCACCAAGGCCACACCCUCACCUCCCCCUCCCCCAAGAAAGCCAGCAUCAUCUCGCGAUUCCGCAUGCUACAACUCGGCCGGCAGCUCGCCAGAUCACUCCUCCACCUCUCAGACCCACCCAGCACGACAGGGCCAGACCUUCACGCCCCACCGCGCCUCCUCCUCGGCACGGCGGACGAGGCCGUGCUCGCCGGAUGGAAGGGCCUAGUCGCCGCGAGGACGUAUGGCGAAGCCAAGCGGGCGGGCGAGAUUGCGCUGCACAGAGAGCGGGCGAAGGGGCUGGUGACGCGGGUUCUUGUCGCUGGAGCGCGGGCAGGGCAUGCCGCUUCGAAGCAUGCUGGCAGCUGGCCGAGGAAUGACGCGGAUGAGGAUUGGAAAUUACCUUCGGAAGAGGAUCGAUCGCGAUGA